CUUGCGUUUGUGUUCCUCAAUUCUGAACGUCAUAUCAGAAAGUUCAACACGCAAACGCAUGGGCCGGUUCUUUGUUUUGGUUUGUAAAUUCGUGGUCCUCAGGCAGCAGCACGUCGUGCAUGGCUCUAUUUAUGAAAUAGUCGCAGCACAACGAUGUCCAACUUUUUUAAACGGCAACCGGCCGUCAGCAUCAAGGGUUCACGCGCUUCGCUUCACAGUGGCCAGCCCAUCGUUUCCUCCGGAAAUCCCUCGCUGGAUCAUGUUUUUGGGGGAGGUUUCCCGAUAGGAUCGGUGAUUGCCAUCGAGGAAGAUAAAUUUGCGAACUAUUCGAGGGUGCUGACAAAAUAUUUUCUCGCUGAGGGAAUAGUCAAUGACCAUGCCAUAUUUCUCGCGAGCCUUGAGGAGGAUCCCAUGGAAAUGAUGAAGAAGCUCCCGACGCCUGUUGAUCCAUCGGAGCAGGAAAAACCAACGAAAGAUAAACAAACACCGGAAGAAAUGCGAAUAGCUUUCAGGUACAACAACCUAUCGAUGGUGGAUCUGGAACAGAAGCCAAGCACCCAACUGGGUCAUUUUUUCGAUCUUUCGAAACAAAUCUCUGAAUCAGAACUCAAAAAGGCAGACAUGGCCAUUUGGGAUGGACGUCAGACUACAAUAAGCGAUGGUAGGAAUUUCUCAAACGACAAAUUUCAAUCGCUUCUAGAUAGUAUUUUAGAAAAGGCAAAACCCUUUCACGUAGACAACAAAGCGGAAGGCAAGGAACGUAAUCUUCUAAGAAUUUGUCUCAACUCCAUCGGAUCACCCCUUUGGUAUGACACAAAUUUCGCCCAAGAUCUGCUUCGGUUUCUUACGCUGCUCAAAGCGAUAGUUCGACAGCAUCUAUGUACUUGUCUGAUAACCCUACCGACACACCUAUUCCAACAUCUGGACCAGCCCGGUCUUCAAGAAAGAUUAAUCAACCUUACAGAUUAUUGCAUUGGGUUGGAAUCAUUCGCUGGUUCGGAAAAGGAGACCAACCCGAUGUUUAAAGAAUACCACGGCCUUUUGAAUGUGGUCAAAAUAUCCGCUAUGAAUUCCCUGGCGGCAUUUGUUCCGGAAACCCUAGAUUUGGCGUUCAAGCUUCGUCGGAGGAAGUUUGUCAUCGAGAAGCUUCAUUUGCCACCGGAACUGGGCGAAGACGAUGGACAGGGCGGGAAAAGCGAGCGGCUGAUCCAAACGAUGAGUUGUUCCGGGGGAGGCGUCAAGAGCAAGCUGGAGUUUUGAGCGAUGGUAAGCAAAUAAAUUUUUGUUAAAAAAUG